GUUCAGCUUGUGAAACGAUGCACAAUCAGACCAUGGACGUUUUUCUUGGCAAACAGUUAAAAGCAACAACAUGAAUUGAUAUGAAAUGAUAUCUUUCUGUGUAUGCUUUUAUCAGUAGUUUGUGAUACAGUUGCUCCGGACUUUGAAAAAUACACGUGCACAAAAGGUUGGUGAGUUGUGGUUGAAAGCUGCCGACAUCCGUGACUAUUGUGCCAUGAUGUCACUCUACACCUUAGGAUAUUGGUGAAAGCUUGCGCUGUGUUUGUUACCCACUGAAGCGCAUUCAGUUUUUGUACUGUCAGUUUUCACAUGGACAGGCAAAGUGGAUGUGAUGUCCUUGCAGUGUUUGGAAAAAUGUGGUGUAUAUUUCCCUCAAGUGUGAAGGAAAACCAUGGAGGAAUAAGAAAUGCAGGCACCGUCGAAAUGUUGACUCUACAGGUACACCUACAUCAUCAAGGAUAUUUGCUUGGAGUUUUUAUGGACCGUCUGUCUCAUUGUGUUCUGAUCAUGAUCUAGAAGGAAGCUUGGAAGUUGGAUGUUACAUUUGACAGCGUUCUUGUGUUCAGAUUGAACCCAUAAAUGUGAUGAAAGUGGGAUUGGCAUUAACUCGAACAAAACCUUUAGAAUUCUUUUCUCUGAAAGUUUGAAAAGGUUCUCGUUGUUGCCCAAUCUGAACUCUCCACAUCCGGUGACUGUGGUCUGACCCUACUUAAGUGGAAAAUUCUCAGGGCUUUCUCCUGACGUGGAAAGUAGUUUGGAUUUGAUAAAAUAAAGCUUCAGAACUUAGCCCAAGUAUUUGUCAUUCCAGUGAUUGUGUAUUGUGACGGAAACAAGCUUUUGAAGUUGAAACAAAACUCUUUUGAUUUUUAUGACAUCAGACUUCAGAGCAGCAACAGAAACAGAGCUUUUCUUCAAGAGAUUCUUCAAGGGAAAUUGGAAGAUGUUGGCCGUUCAUACAGUACAGGCCACUCAGGUUGAGAGUCGGCUACCUGCCACCCGAAACCGUCGCUCCCUCCUACAGACUCCAAAAGCCAUCUCCAGCAAACUCAAGUCACCAGAGCUCAAACCUCUCAAUGUAUCACCCACUUCGGCUGGUUCCGGUAUCCCCCAGAAGUCCAGCGUCCUGCAAAGCAAGCAUCUCUUGAUCGGUCAACGGGUCUGGACAGCUGACGGACGCGUCGGGACGUUACAGUUCAAGGGCAAGACUCAUUUCUCCCAGGGUUGCCUGUGUGGAAUCCAAUUGGAUGAACCCGUUGGGAAGAAUGACGGAAGUGUGGAUGGAAUCCAGUACUUCAAGUGCAGCCCCAACCAUGGGAUAUUCAUCCACGCCUUUAAGGUACAGGCUGUGAACUCAGCCGGUGAGGUCAAACCGUUAGAGCUGGCGCCCAACACGAGUGGCAAGAUUGCACUUCAAUCACAGCAGGGAACCGGGAAGGACACCAAAGCAUCCAGUAAGAUACCAUCUCUGGGAGUCAGCGGGAGAAUUGCCAGACCAAAAUCGUUACUCGUGAGCGAGGAAAAAACAACUUGUAAGGUGACCGUUGGUAGACGGAGCCUGCCCAAGCGGACCGAAGUGACCAGAAUUGAGUGUAUUUCUUCUUCUGAGAAGGCAUCAAACGGCAGCAAACUGUUUCAGAAAAAGAGAAUCAGCCCUGCGGACUCUGGCAUCACUGUCCCGGGCUGGACCCAUGAUAGAUCACCUCCAACAAGUAGACUGUCCUCCAUACCUUCAAAAUCCCCCUCUGUGAGUUGCCAUGAUGCAACUUUCACAUUAAGUCGUGAUCAAAGCCCUGCCUGCCGCCCUCAGCCAACAGAUAGAAGCCCCCCAUCAAGGAAAAGAACCCCUGAGCAACCUAGUCCUAGAACCAGAAAGUCAUCUAACGGGAGCCUCAAAAAGGGACUGUCCUCAAGACCAAGUCUCAAUGACUUGACACAGCUAUUGCAAGAUGGUUCCCAAGCUGAAAGUGACAAAUCAAAAUUGAGAAAGCCAAGCAGCGCUCGACCCAAGACCACCCUCAACGAAACUUUUGAAGUUGGGAUAGGAACACAUAGAAUAUCCCCGAUAACAGGGGAGAAGAAAUAUCGAAGGGGCUCCGCUUCCACUGCCACUGCCACUAAAGACCUGAAUACUACCUUUGACAUUGGAAAUAAAGAUUCCCCGUUGUAUUGGGAACCUCGUGAUAAGGUCACAUCCACUCCAUUGUCGUCAAAUGAAAACAACUACUUCUGGGAACCAGAGGGGGAAACACAAUCUGACGUCAAAGCGACAUACGUGCCCUUAGACGCAGAGGAGGAGGAUAUUGAGUACAAUGAAUUCUGGGCUGUUCCAUCAUCCCUCGACACCCCCACAGGCAGAUUAAGAUUUGAUCUCCUGACCCCAGAAGAGUUCGAACAAGCAUUGAAAGACUGUAACAUUCCCUUGGAGAGUCCACAAAACAAAGUGCCGCCAUCCUUUGAGGAAACAUUCGCCGAGUCGCAACUCGCUGAACUACAACUCCCUGAGCAACAACUCGAGCCGCAACUCACUGACCACUGCAAACCAAAAGUCUUGGAUUCUCUGACAGUUGUUGAUGACUAUCUCUUAGUAGGCGCGGAUUUAACUUUCGAAAGUAUUCCUUCCUUUCUAGUGCCGGCCUGGAGUAUGGAUUCAGAAGCAGCACAUUUAGAGACAAAUUUGCCAGACAAGAAGGAGCCAGAAGGCGUUAGUAGUAAAUUAGAACCAACUCACGAGUUAGAUGAACCUGAGGACCCAGCAAACAGAAGUUUAGAGGCAGAGAAAUUAACUGCUGACAACAAUAGUGACAUAACAAACAACAAUACAGAGGUUGACCCAACAGUCAACAAUAAACGACCUGCUCCAACAUUAGACAGUAGAACUAGCAACAACAGUGCAAUGAAUGAGUCAGAUGACAAAUCUGUUACCAUCGUGCCCUGUGAAAAAUCUCUGUCUGCAAAAGAAAGCAGUGAAGAUUCUUACAGUCAGAAGGCUCCCAAUGUGGAAAGCAACUUACUUGGAGAGGAAGAUGAGUGCAUAUUUACUGAGGAUCUGAGCAACGAGUGGAAGAAUCUUGUACAACAGGCAGAGGAGGAUUUAGAAACGGAAGAUGUACCGCAGACAUCUAAAUUGCCGGAGGUUAAUGGAGACAUGCUGUUGAGUAGCAAUGGAUCUGCAGCGAAUGAGCCCAAAGUUGAAGCAGCUGACCAUGUUUUGUGUCAUUCAACAUCCCCAAAGCAAGAAACACACGUGAAAGUCAGCACAGGUGAGGAGAUGGUGUUUCAAAUCAACUCAAGUUCAGAGAAGGCAGAAACGGGAGUGGCUAAAGCAGUCAGCCCAGCAAUAACUCUGAACAUCCUGAACACAACAUUUGACCAAGUUACCGCUGAGAAAGAGACAAGCUUUGUAUCUGAGGGAAGCAGUGAAAGUGCCAGCACGGUCAUUGCAGAGGGAACCUCCGAAACUGACAAAGACCAGACAAAGCUAAUAGGACUGAGGGAAAGAUGUCCGUCCGCUGAGCUUGAGACCGUGACACAAUGUGAAAUGGCUGAGAUGGUAUCACCUUCAUACAACAAAAAGAAAUUUGGACCUGAGGUCUUUGAUUCAGGACCCACUACGCAGCCUGCAACGACAUCACCUACCGAACCACAAAAAGGUAAAGAAAACAGCGACUCUAAAUUACCUCGGAAGCGAAUGUCAUACCUCCAGCAACCAAAGUCCUUCAGCUCAAGCAGAGACAGUGAGUCUUCAGCCAAGAGUCACGUAGCAGCCGCUAAGCUCAAACUCGCUGCCGCCAAAUCGUCGGACUCUAAACCAGAUGCCCCGGCCCAAGAGUACAAACCCAAGAAAGGCUACACCCCUUCCUGGAAGCUAAACAGCAAAACUCCCACCGCUGCCACCAGUAAGAAUCCCAGCAACCCCACUAGUACCAUUCCAAAACAGAAGACAACGGAGACUGGGACUGGCAAAGACACCAAGGCAAGCAGCAAGCUGGUUGGCAUCAAGAGUAAAAUUGACACGGGAAGGAGAUCGGUGGACCUGACUGGUAACAAGCCCAGCUUGACCAACAAGAAGUCUACUGGACAGAACAGCACUUCAUCUUUGGAAGUUGAACCCAACAGUCUGUCAUCCUCCAACAGGAGCAUGAAAUCUGAUCUGAGUGGUGUCGCCACAAAAACCAGUAGUAGAAGCAGCUCAAUCGGAGGGAAGCCAGCCAAUAAGACGACCUCGUCGCUGCGCCACACAGACCGGGGUCGUCAGGAACGUAAGACCAGCACAUCAACGGUCAACUCGGAGACAUCACAGCGAACAGAAUCCAGAGCCUCUCUCUCCUCCAGACACAGUACCUCCACAUCAGAUGCUAAGCAUCAUGUAAAGCGCCCUCGCCCUACUCCUAGGAAGGAAACACCUCAAGUCACACCGAAACCCCAAGCAUUUAGCUUCUCCCGACCCAGUAGGCUGGCCCCGACGUCCCUGGCCAAGCCCAGGAACUUCACUGGUAAACAGGCUGACGGGAACCAGUCAAAGAAUGACUCGCAGCUCACCAACUCACUGACCAAUGGCGUGACGUCUGUAGAUGCCGCUCCGGUAAGACGUGUAGGCCCUGUCACUAGGCUGCCCAGGACCUCACUGCUACCAAGCAAGAAAACAGACAAUGCACAGCAACAAGAUACCACAAGGAGGCCCUCGUUUGGCAGAGAAGCUGAUACCACCAAGUCAGCAAAGGGUCGUUCCAGCCCGUCACCGGCCCCCUCCAUAGACCCUGAGAUUCUAGCCAAAGCCCAGGCCGACGUCAAACGACUAGAGGCGCUCUGCGAGUCCAGAACCAAAGAACUGAAUCUGAUCAAGCUGAAUCUCAGAGCUGGGCUGCAGGGAUUUGAUGCAAUGAGCAUAUUAGUGCAAUACCUCACACACAAGUUGGAUGCCUUUGACAACCCACACCUCAAGUCCAGAAUACAGGAACUUCAGCGGCAACUUGAAGAAGCCAAGACCAUCACAGGUCAAAAAGAGGAAGAGUUGGGCUGCAUCCAACAUGAGCUAGUGGACACGAGGCGAAGUAAUGAAGAGCAAGUAGCUAAGCUACAGACUGAUCACCUUGAGCAACUCCGACAGCAAGAUGAAAGAUUACAGGAACAGUACACUGAACAACUCCUCAGCACACAAAGUGAGCACAAGCAAGCAAUCAACUCACUGACAGAGGAACACCUAACUCAGAUCUCAGCGUUGACAUUCUCCCAUCACCAAGCCGUUCAGGAGAUGGAGGAGCAUCACAUAGUGGAAGUCUCUAAGAUUCAACAGCAACAUCAAGAACACAUCGAGGAGUUGAACAGACAGAUGGAGACCGACAAGAAACAACUCAUUGAUGAGGCGCAAGUCAAGCAACAAGAACUCCACGAUGAGGUUUAUAAGUGGACAUUCCAGUGUGAGAAUCACAAGGAGCGAGUCAUGCGAUUAGAGGAAGCAUUGCAGAAAGAUUCUGAUUCCAAAGUCCAGGCUGCCAUCUUGGAAAAGAGGAAGUUGGAAGCAGACGUUGAGAGCAUGAAGUCAGUGGAAGAACUCAGGACCGUUCAACUGAUGGAACUCAGACGAGAAAAUAUGGCACUCAAGAAAGAUUUGGAAAAGCUGCCGGUUAGAGACGAUGAGAUUCUCCGUCUCAAAGCCAAAGUGGAGGAUCUCAAAGCAAUGAUGGUUAAGAAACACGACUAUCAACAGCAACUUUCAUCAGACCACAUCACCCUUCGGGAGAACUACGAGCGAGAAGUGAACGAGAAGAAACGGCUGUCUAUGGAGAAGGAGCAACUCUCCUGGCGUCUGUCUCUGCACUCUGAAGGUUCCUCCCCUGUUUCCCUGUCACCAGGCCACACCUUCUUCCCUUGCACCUCCCCAUCUCGGUCCCCCACGCGCUCCCCCACGCGCUCCCCCAACCCGUCUCCGUCUGUCUUGAAGCAGAAUCUGUCCAGGUCGAGUUCUUUGGACAGUCACGAGAGCGGCGUGUUUUCACCGCAAACUGGGUAACGUAGAAUGCAGUAAAUAGCCUGGAUGUCGUCAAAAACCCACACACACCAUUCCACAGGGCAGGGUGGUAGAAUAGAUUAAUCCGUUAAGCUCCGUCUUAUGAUAUUUGCAGCCAAUCACAGACAGGAAUGUAUAGGCCAUCAGCCUCGGUCCAAAAUUUUGGCCACCGGUAUCAAAUGAGGGGAAUAAUUGUCAUAGCAAUUUUUUGCA